AUUCAAGGUUGAAGUCCAUAGUACCUACUAGGUAGUAAAGCUCAACGAUACUAGGUACAUUAUUCGCACACAUACGGUUUAGGUCGUAUAUUUCGAUUCGAGCUUAUCAACAUUAAAGUUACUUACCCAACCAUCCAGCCGCCCGCCGAUGCAUCUUCGAAUGAACCUCCUCCGAUAAAACGUCCAACUACAUACGUCUUAAAACUUCGACGAGAAAGACGACGACAACGAGAGCGACGACAUAUUUGUCUCGGUCAAAUUGAUUUUAUUAACUUGAUUUGUGACAGGUUGAUGGAAUAAUCCGCAUUCGUAUCCGCAAAGCCGAAUACGUAUUGAAUCGUGGUCAAUCGAUUCUGACGACAUACUUUUAUCCCACUUCCAUUUCCACUUUCUUGUCCGAAUCUGUGGGACAAGUAUAUUACAGAGAGGAAAAGAGAAGGACGACGAAGAACCGAAUAUAGUCAUAACCAAUCAAGCGAGCGACACGAAAUAUUCGAAUUCAUCGAAGACCUACCUGCCGCCGUGCCUCAUGGCGUAACUCAUGGCAGACCGAACACCCUCUGCUGCGAACCCGCGCUCUAGAUCGGCAGUCGAUAACGGUCCUCAAGCAGCGCGACUUCCUCCUCUACCAGACCUGAACCCGAACUUGAAUUUGCGAUCGGCCGUUCCUACCUCGCCAGCAUACUCGAACUCAUCAUUAUCACCCAGAGUCACCCGCUCCUCUGCGCGCAACGCAGCGAGCCAAGGAGCACCAUCAGCAGACCCAUUUGCUGGUCAAGCUUCUGGCAACCAAUCUGCCCGAGCCAACACGAGCAGUGUUGCCGAGGCGAACGUAAACCAAUCCCCACAGAACUCGAGACCGACGUCAUCGCGAAAGAGAAAGCCGUCCCCCACAGAAAACAACUCACCCAAGCAACAACCACACACCGAACCACUUUCCUCUACACGUAGACCUAAGAGGCAGAAGGUGUCUGAGUCGACCCCCGAAACUACCCCCGCCACUACUACCGCAUCUCCUUCAAGGAAGAGGAAAGGGAAGAAUACUGCUUCCAUGUCUAGUCCUACUGGCUCCGACCCACCCCCACCCGCCGCCAGAAUGCAGGACUCUACCUCAGCCUCAUCUAGCCGCAAAUCAAGCCGUAACAAGAAGGGCGUUCCAGCAGUUCAAGAUCAAUCUAUCUCAGCUGCUUCUAGCUCUACACGGAGAUCGAAGCGAACGUCUAGCAAUCAUCCCCCGCCCCCCCCUGAUGCAGACACGACUAUGACGGGAACUAAGGAGCAUGAGGAUGAGACAGAGCCUCCGCCUCCACCUCCGCCUCCUCCUGCGCACGACCCCGAUGACGAAAACAGUGAUGAGAACGAUGAUGAUGACGAUGAACCUCACCGUCAUUAUGACGACGAUCCAUUUGGCGGUUUCGGUGGUCCUCACGGUUCGGGUCUCUCUAGCACUCUUAGAGCACUGACUGGUAUGAUGUCUGGUAUCUCUUCGAGACUACGCGACAUUCUUCACAAUCUUAGGCAGAAGGAGGAUCCGACUAUACAGCUCCUGGCCUUACAAGAACUAGCCGAAAUCCUCCUUGUUUCCAAUGAGGACAACUUGUCGGGUCAUUUCUCGCCCGACGCUUUUGUGAAGGAGUUGGUGACCCUGAUGCAGCCUAACGAGAUUACCGGCGAAGAAAAUUCCGAGAUUAUGCUCCUCGCAUGCCGAUGUCUCGCCAAUCUGAUGGAGGCUCUUCCAGCAAGCGCUGCCAACGUGGUAUAUGGCGGUGCUGUUCCCAUUCUAUGCCAGAAGCUUCUGGAGAUUCACUAUAUCGAUCUCGCGGAGCAAGCUCUUAGCACAUUGGAGAAAAUCUCCGUGGAAUAUCCUACAAGCAUUGUCAGGGAAGGCGGCUUGACGGCUUGUCUUACUUAUCUGGAUUUCUUCCCUACAGGUACACAGCGGACUGCUGUUACCACCGCCGCAAACUGCUGUCGUAACAUUCCAGAAGAUUCGUUCAACGUCAUUACUGGAGUUAUGCCAAUUCUCCUUAAUGUGCUGAAUAGUAGCGAUCAACGAGUUGUUGAGCAAGCCUCGCUCUGUGUCACUCGUAUAAUUGAGAGCUUCAAGUACCAAUCAUCGAAACUGGAGCAGCUUGUCAGUGUGGACUUGCUCAAAGUUAUCUUGAGACUUCUAGUCCCGGGUACCACGAAUCUCAUUAGCGCCAAUAUCCAUACACAAUUUCUCCGUGUAUUGGCGAUUACUGCUCGUGCCAGCCCAAGCUUGUCUGCAGAGCUCUUUAAGUUGAAUGUAGUCGAAACACUCUACCAGAUCCUCACGGGCGUCUCUCCCCCUAGUGAGACGGAAGAUGUCGCUUCGAGGCUAGAUAGUGUGGUGAUAAUGCAGGCACUGAUCCACCGUCCACGCGAGCAGAUUAUCGAGACGCUCAAUGUCGUCUGCGAAUUACUCCCGGGUCUCAAAUUCAACGAUGGCUCGGUAGCCCUGUUUGCUGCCGAUCCUGAGCGUACGCUUGCGUCAACUCUCGGGGCUCAUAGGAAGACAUCCAACGAGAAGAGAAUAGAACUACUUGACGAAUGCAAGGACCAAGUCAGAAGAUUUGCGCUGAUCCUAUUUCCUACUUUGACGGACGCAUUUUCAAGCACUGUGAAUCUGAGCGUGCGACAGAAGGUGCUCAACGCCCAAUUGAAGAUGCUAUCCAAUCUGGACAGGGACAUUCUCGUCGACGCCCUGAAAGCAGUUCCCUAUGCCUCAUUCCUGGCUGCUAUACUCUCUCAGCAGGACCAUCCGUCGCUUGUCAUGUCUGCCGUUCAGAUCACGGAACUUCUUCUAAAUCGCCUAGACGAUAUCUACCGCUACCAAAUUUACCGCGAAGGGGUCGUCAUAGAGAUAAUGAAGCUGGCAGCCGAAUACCAAGAACCUGAAAGUAAGGCGGUCGAGACACCACAAGACCACAGUAUGGCAUCUGGAGACGAAGGUGACAGGGUCUCCAUACAUAAUGGAUCCGAUGAUGAGGAUGAAGAGGAGCACGAAGAUGACGAUGAAGAAGAGGAGGAGAACGAUGAGGACGACCAAGAAAAUGAUCACCACGACGACGAUAUGUCCGGCUCCCCCGCUAGUUCAGAUGGAUCAACUAUGUCUGUCGACGGGCCACCGCGCCCUUUUAUUGGUGAUAUUCCAUCUAUGAAGUCACGCAUCGCGGAGACGGCGAAGAAAUUCCUGGAGAGUCACGAGACCGAGAAGCAUAGUAAGAACAUGAGGAAGAAGGCUAAGAAAAUUCUUGACGAUCUUGAGUUACUAGCUACUGGGCUUGACGAGUUCUAUCUCCAAAGGACUGCUAAAGAUCUUUCUCCAGCCACCGGGACAGCUCUUUUUGAACGGCUCGCGUCCUAUUUCGAUGCGGAUGUACUUGAUAGUGUGACGAGCGCCGAAUUGCUUGCAUCGGGUCUCGUACGUAUCUUGGAAGAGGUUUUCAGUAACCCUGACGAGACACUAGCCAAUGCCGCAAGAGCUUCGUUCCUCGAAGUGUUUAUGGGUCGUUAUGUCAGCUCGCGGCCAAAGACUGCAACUGCGGAUUCUCCCAUCACGCCUUUCAGUAUUCUCAUCCAUAAACUCCAAGAUCUUCUCAGCCGAUCAGAGCAUUUUGAGGUCAUUACCGUCCACCACAGUACAUUUGAUGGCAAUCGCAGCAGCGCCGCGUCAAUGUUGGCGAAGCAGAUUAGACUUCGAUUGGUCGCUGACGAUGAUUCCGACAUUCCUCGCUCUUUCCGAAGUAUCAAUGUCCAUAUUCAUGCCAUUGCCACAUUCAAGGCUCUCGACGACUGGUUACGACCUCGAAUAAGUCUUCACGAGCGCCCCCGCGGCCCUAGGUCUCGUGAAGGGUUAACAAGGGCAUUAGCUGCAAUGGCCAGCUCAGCAGGGAUACCACCUAUACCAUCUGCUGAGCGCCUUACCGAACGACUGAGAACCUCUGCCGAGCGAUUAGCAUCCGGAUAUCCGAGCGACCCGCCCCCGAUUCCGACGCAGGCUUCUGGCUCUCGUCCUCCACGAAGAUCCAAGUCAAGACAGCCAGGCCAGCCCGAUACGCCGUCUAGUGCGACGUCGACUCCGAGCUCUGGCCGAGAGAAGGCCAUUCUUCGUAGAUCAGCUCGGCGCCAACCCGCACAAGCAAGCGAAUCACAAGCCCCCCCUCCCCCUCCGCCGCCACCCGAGGACGAUGAGGAUUUGCAGAAUGCAUUAGAAUGUGCGGAUGAAAAGCCGAUAACCGACGAGGACGAAGAAGCGGAAGGCGCCGACAGUAGUGCUCUCGACGCUAUAGUAGGCGAGCUUGACGAGGAUAUGGAAGACGCACCCUCAUCAGACCCGUCUGCGGUCAACUUAGUGGAGGCUGUCGGUGGGAAGAUUACGGCCAGAAAGGAAGAUGGGACUCGGGUUCCUACUCCGGCUCAGAUUGGAUCUGCAAACCUGCCGAGUCGUAGUGCACCACCUCAACCAUCAGGGUCUCACCAGACUACUCCAACUCCAACGCCCUCAGCAUCUCGCCCACUUUCUUACGCAGCUGCCAUUCAGUCCGUACCACAAGACUGGCACAUCGAAUUCAGCCUCGAAGACCGAGUUAUUCCAAACGAGACAACUAUCUACCGUGCAGUCCACAACCUUGCUAGCCCUACGGAGGAUCAUAUGGGUCGCAGCGUCUGGUCCACUAUGCACGUCAUUAAAUUCCGUCGGGUUCCGGGGCCACCUCCGGCCGAACCCGUCGGUUUCGGCUCAUCCUUUGACGGUUCAUCCGAUGUGAAUGGAGUGCCGGCUUCACUCGCGAACAACCCUACGACUGCGUCCAUUCUCCGUUUAUUAAACAUUCUGCAUGACUUGAACGCAAACAUUGAUGAUAUCCUAGUAGAGAAUAAGAAUGCCUUGAAGUUGAAUGUGGAACCCCUAUCGCAAUUUGUCAACACCAAGUUGACUGCCAAGCUCAACAGGCAGCUUGAAGAGCCCCUGAUUGUGGCAAGCAACUGUCUGCCGGGUUGGAGUGAGGAUCUGGCUCGGCUAUAUCCUUUCCUCUUCCCCUUUGAAACCCGUCACUUAUUCCUCCAGUCGACCUCGUUUGGCUAUGCCCGGUCUAUGAGUCGGUGGCAGAACGCCCAACAGGAGGAGAUAUCGCGUCGCGACCGGCGGGACGAGAACCUAUUCCUUGGUCGACUUCAACGUCAAAAAGUCCGAAUCUCGCGAUCAAAGAUCCUAGAAUCCGCGUUGAAGGUGAUGGAACUCUAUGGUAGCUCACAGAGCAUUCUCGAGGUUGAAUACUUUGAAGAGGUCGGAACGGGUCUUGGACCUACUCUCGAGUUUUAUUCGACGGUGUCGAAAGAGUUCUCAAAGAAGAAGCUUCGGCUUUGGCGCGAUAUGGACUCCAACGAUUCGGGCGACUUCAUCUCCGGAUCUACCGGUCUAUUCCCUCGACCGUUGAACGACGAUGACCCCAGCACCAAUGUCAUCCUUCAGCUAUUCAAGAUGCUUGGAAAGUUUGUCGCCCGAUCCAUGAUAGAUUCUCGGAUCAUCGACCUCAACUUUAAUCCAAUUUUCUUCCGUAUCGGCGAAGGUUCUUCUGGCGUAAAGCCUUCGCUAGGCGCUGUUAAGAUAGUAGAUCCUGGAUUGGCUCGCUCUCUGAAACAUAUCAAGAGGUUUGCUCUUUUAAAGAAGGCUAUCGAUGAAGACCCUCGUCGCACGCCAGCACAAAAAGUUGCGGAUACUGAGAAGAUCAUCAUCGAUAACGGAACACUGGAGGAUCUGGCAUUGGAUUUCACGUUGCCCGGAUACCCUGACAUUGAGCUUACGGCUGGUGGUUCUCACAUACCUGUCACAAUCUACAACGUUGAGUCAUACCUAGAGAAGGUCAUCGACAUGACUUUAUCCCGCGGUGUCAAGCGUCAAGUAGAAGCCUUCCGCGGUGGUUUCUCGCAAGUAUUCCCAUAUUCCGCUCUGAGCGCCUUCACACCCGAUGAAUUGGUAGCACUCUUCGGGCGUGUCGAAGAAGAUUGGUCUCUCGAGACUCUUAUGGACUCAAUCAAGGCCGACCACGGUUUCAAUAUGGAUAGCAGAACAGUGAGGAAUCUCUUGCAGACGAUGAGCGAACUCACCGCUACGCAACGACGCGACUUCUUGCAAUUCACUACUGGUAGUCCAAAACUCCCCAUUGGAGGUUUCAAGAGCUUGACCCCUAUGUUCACUGUAGUGUGUAAACCCAGUGAACCGCCUUACACGUCCGACGACUAUCUCCCAAGCGUCAUGACAUGCGUCAACUACCUUAAGUUGCCUGACUAUACCAGCAUUGAUAGCAUGAAGCGACAACUCUUCACCGCUAUCCGGGAGGGUCAAGGUGCCUUCCAUCUCUCUUAAUCGCCAGUACGAGGUUUUAUGAACAGCAAAGUCCGAACAUCACGUAUCAAUAUUGUGAUACGUGGACAGCACUGAUGAAGGAAAAUGAGGCAUUGAUUUUUUUUCCUUCUUCCCUGUCGUCCUGGCAUACCUCACACAGGUCCGCCAGGUUUUUUCUUUUCUUGGCACACCCGCCAUAAUUCCCUUACGCCCGUCAUGAACCUCGACAACGAAGAUGGAGGUCGGAACAAGGCACGAGAUACGGAAGGGUUGAAAGGGAACGUCUGAUGCAUGGAAAGGUUGUUUCGGCGUAGGAAUGAAACGUGAUUCCAGGCGGGAUUGAAUUUAAGCAUCAGACUGGACAGCCCUGGCAAGGACAGUACUUGCUUUGCUUUUACCUUCGCAACCGGGUGGCUUCACGUCUUCUUCAUCGGGUAGAUAGAUUGGUCAAUUUGUCUCCAAGUAUUGAUUUCUAAAACCUCUAUCCGUUCCCCCAUGAU